CACUGUUGCUUUGGCUUUCAACACACGCCAUGUGAUUGCUGGCUUGGAACCGUUUGGAAAUUUGGCCUUAAUUGAUUAGUACAACUACACCCUCCCAACAGAAGGGGAUUUGUGUCUGAUCAUGACUUCCCAACGCACUCUUUCUUGAGAUUUCUCGGUGGGAAUAAUGCUGUGAUUCUUCCUCUCUCCAUCUCCCUCUCGCUCGCACUCUCUCUGCGUUUCAUUCCUCUGGACCUUCACUCUUGAUGCAGCACCGGUGAAAUAAAGAAGACCUUCAAACUUUUAAGAGGAAUAAAAAUGCAAACGGUCAGGUCUCUGUUUGUCCCUAAGUGGUCUUCAAAUGUGCGUCUGGAGGGGAAGACGGCCAUUGUGACGGGGGCCAACACUGGAAUUGGAAAAGAGACGGCCAAAGACCUGGCCGCCAGAGGUGUCCGGGUGAUUUUGGCAUGCAGAGACAUGGCGAGGGGAGAGCAAGCGGCUCGUGACAUCAUGCGGGAGGUGAAGGGAGCCAAGGUAGUCGCCAGGCAACUGGAUCUGGCCGACACCAAAUCCAUCUGCCAGUUUGCUGAGAAUGUCUACAACACUGAAAAGACUCUUCACUUCCUGAUCAACAAUGCAGGCGUGGCUAUUUGCCCUUAUGCCAAGACGGUGGAUGGAUUUGAGAUGCAGUUUGGAGUCAAUCACUUGGGUCACUUCUUCUUGACCUUCCUGUUGCUGGACCUGCUGAAGCACUCGGCCCCGUCCCGGAUCAUCAACGUGUCGUCGGGGGCGCACGCCAUCGGCAGGAUCCAGUUCGACGACCUGGGCGGCGAGCAAGCCUACCACCCGGCCCGGGCCUACGCGCAGAGCAAGCUGGCCAACGUCCUGUUCACCAGAGAGCUGGCCAAGAGGACCGAGGCCCUCGGUGUGACGGCCUACUCCGUGGACCCUGGCUUUGUGAACACCGAGAUAACCAGGCACCUAUGGCGCCCUCUUGCGGAUACGGUCAAGUCCGUCGGUUUCCUGAUCAGGACCCCAGCAGAGGGAGCCCACACCAACAUCUACUGCUUGGUCACCGCAGAGAACCUGCUGCUCACCGGAGGACACUACAAGAACUGUGGCAUUGCACAGGCCUGCUGGGCAGGUCAGGAUGAUGGCACUGCACUGAAGUUAUGGGCCGUGAGCUGCCGCCUGCUUGGCAUCUGCUGGAGAUAAAAAAAAAACAUAUAAAACGCUGUCCUGCACGAAGACGGACACUCGUGUGUGAUGACGAAGGCUGCCAUGCGAACAGAUAACGUGUACUGCUCUUAGAAUGUAAUAAAUAUGCCGGAUGAAUCCCAAAACGGCCGACUGUU